AUGUCCAGAAGACCCACCAGAGCUGUCAAUUUAGCCAGCAGCCGAACAAGGACAUUAUCACGAAGCCGCAAAGAGGACACUGUGAAAUGCGAGCAGGAUGAUUUGGCCCUCUCUGGCUUCUCAACAGUUGCUGGCGAGGAGGGGUUUAGAGUUCUAGGGUAUCUUCCUAACAGCCAGGACUUGCAGGGGGAAUACGCUAGUAUUGAAGGCUCCAAUGUUUUGAAUGGUGUCUUCUCUGUGGAGAUGGAGAGCGUUUUACUCGCUAUCCCUCCAAAGCCGUAUACAGACAGAGCUAGCGGCCGGAAACUCAGACCAGAGUUCACAUGUCUUCUAUUGCGUGUCUGUGCCUGCUCUACCCAGUACCUUGGUGCAGAAACACGGCAGAAACUCGAAUUACAGUUGGGUGAAAGCAUCCAAACCCUUACCGAGCGCUACCAUCAUGCUGCUCAGCAGCUAAGUAAUAAUAUCCGCCCAGGAAAAGGUGGCCUAACACAAGUCCAGCAAUUGCUCCUCGCGGCAUCCUGGUUGAAGUCUGAAGCUAUGUUUACUGAGUCGUGGCAUACCUUGUGCUCUGCUAUACACGAGGCUCAGGAACUAGGAAUGCAUAAGGACUCUUCCACACAAGGAAUUAGUGAGUUUGACCGUGAGAUGAGAAGGCGGAUCUGGUGCAUUCUGUACACUUGGGAUUGGCAAAUGUCUAUGUUGCUAUCCCGUCCGCUCAUCAUUAACCACAGCUGCUGCUCAUUUGAAUUGCCAAACCUGCGGUUGGAGAGUACUCCAGACACAGAUCCCGAUUUGCCCUCUCCGAUAACUCACAUGGCUCUUCAGUGUCAAUUAGCCCAGAUGUUGUCCAAAAUACCUGGGGUGACAGGUGGCAUCCUACCUGCAGAUCAAGCGGUCACCAUCCAGCAAGAAAUCGAAAAGUGGUUCUCGUCGUUCCCCCCUGCGUAUAGAGUUACCGAUCCAGACACGCAGUGGGACGAAGAGCAUCGCUAUGUUAUUCUGCAGCGCGGCCAACUGCACGCUGUGGGCUAUAUGAUAAUGCUUCACCCACUGAAACCGUUUCUCACGAGGAGUGUUGAUUCAGGCCUGUCUGAUAUGGAGAGGAGUCUCCGGCCAGCGGCUGUUGACUGCUCCCUCAAACUAAUGCAGGCUUCACGCCAACUUUUUGAUUGCGUAUUCCCCAUAAAUGCAAAGUUUCAUUUCGUCAUUUUCAUAAUCUUUGACACAGCGGCUGUUUUAUGCUCUGCCAUAACGCACGACACUAGCUGCAGCCUUCCCCGGCGACACGAGGUCAUCGAGGCCAUCGGGCUGCUUCUCAACAUGAUGGAACGGCUCAGCCAUAUGACAAAGACAGGAGCAAUAUGCUAUGCGACUCUCGCCACGCUUGUGGCGAAGCUCUCCUUGUCUUCUCAGGAAAAAGCAUUAUUGGAUUCCGUGUCCCCUGAGAGUUUAAAUUCAAGCACAGGACCUCUUGGAACUCAUCAGACCUCAGCUGGAUUCGACCCCGGGAAUAUCUCUUCCACACAUACCAUGCCUUCCACUCCAACAUCACAAGGUUUACAUAUCCCAGAGACGGAAACAUCACAUACUAGUGGGAUUAAUGAUAUUUCUUGCAUGGAUGUUGGUGAGCUGGGCCAAAUAUGGGACUGGGAGACACUCGAUCUUAAUUUGUCAUUUCCACCAGCCCCCUAG